CUUUCAUCUAGCCUCCAAGAUGCCGACCAAGAAGUCUAAGACCAGGAAACUCCGAGGACACGUCAGCCACGGACAUGGUCGCGUUGGCAAGCACAGGAAGCAUCCUGGAGGUCGUGGUAAUGCUGGUGGCAUGCAUCACCACAGAAUCAACUUUGAUAAAUACCAUCCUGGCUACUUUGGUAAGGUGGGUAUGAGACAUUACCACCUGAAGAGGAACAUAUCCUACUGCCCCACCAUAAACCUGGACAAGCUGUGGAUGCUGGUGAGUGAGCAGACCAGACUCCACUAUGCAAAGAAGCCCGAUGGACCUGCCCCUGUCGUCAAUGCUGUGCGCGCUGGCUACUACAAAGUUCUGGGCAAAGGCAAACUGUCCAAGCAGCCCGUGAUCGUUAAGGCCAAAUUCUUCAGCCGACAAGCGGAGGAGAAGAUCAAGGCAGUGGGCGGAGCCUGUGUGCUGAUGGCAUAA